AUGCGUCCAUGCACAGUAACAGUCUGUUAUACUCUAAAUCAGCCGCUAGAUGGCGCUGUUCUAACCGCGGCCAGAGUUGGGUUAGUUACCAGCCGUGGCCAGCAGGUGGCGCGGGAGGGCGCUCGUGCUCCGUGUAACCGCAGUCACGUGACGCAGGGCGUGCCAGCUCCCCCCUCCCCCUCCCUCCCCCCUGGGUGCCGUGACGUUGCCUCCUCCCUCCCUCCUCCCUCCUCCCUCCCUCCGGGUGACGCACCCGGUUACGUGUACUGCUCACACCGCCCCGGAGCCGUCCUCCCCGCCGCCUGUGACGAGGCCCGUUACGUAGAGAGCUCGCGGCACGGCCCACCGCCACUGACUGAUAGGGUGAGUCCGUCACACGCUCGCUGUGUGCCAGGCCCUGCACCGCCCGCCAUUCACCGCUAG